UCUCUUGUCUUUCUAAGAAAAUCCAUCAAAGCACCGAUCUUUUUCUUUUUCAUCAAACAUUCCACUUCUCAGUCCCUCUUUCUACGUAUAAAAAUAGGUUCUUUCUAGUUUCUUUAAUCUAGACAGAAAUGGGUAAGUUAGGACACGAUACCAAGCAUCAUCUUUCGUCAAAACUAGUGUUUCUGCUAUUUUGUGUAGGACUCCUCGGGGUCGUUUUCAUUGCUGAUGUCGUUUGGACCUCGUCUUCGUCUAUUUCUUCUGCUUAUCAAUCCGUUGCAUUCAAUUGGGCUCUUCAGACGUCUGGGAAAGUUUUGUUUGUCAACGCCACUGACAAGAAAGAUAAUGAGAAAGAAGCUCCCAGAGGUAAAAAGCACCAUCCAGCUUACAAAUUCUUGCCGGCAACUUAUGCUGAUUUACCGGCACCGGAGUUAGAAUGGGAGCAGAUGCCAUCAGCACCAGUCCCUCGUCUUGAUGGCUAUGCAAUACAGAUCAAGAACCUUUUAUAUGCAUUUGCAGGAUAUGGCACCCUUGACUAUGUACACUCACAUAUUGAUGUAUACAAUUUUACUGAUGAUACAUGGGGAGAGAGGUUUGAUAUCCCAAAAGACAUGGCACAUUCACAUCUAGGGAUUGCAACUGAUGGAAGAUACAUAUAUAUUGUCUCAGGACAAUAUGGUCCCCAGUGCAGAACAGCUAUAACUAAGUCUUUUUCACUGGAUACGGAGACAAAGAAAUGGCGGAGCAUGCCUCCAUUACCAGCGCCAAGGUAUGCCCCUGCAACUCAGAUAUGGAGAGGCAGACUCCAUGUGAUGGGUGGCAGCAAGGAAAAUCGCCACACUCCUGGAGUUGAUCACUGGAGUAUUGCAGUAAAGGAUGGGGAAGCAAUAGAGAAGGAAUGGCGAACUGAAGUACCCAUUCCCCGUGGGGGGCCACAUAGGGUUUGUGCUGUCGUCAAUGAUCGGCUUUUUGUCAUUGGUGGUCAGGAGGGUGAUUUUAUGCCAAAACCUGGUUCGCCGAGUUUCAAGUGCUCUCGAAGGAAUGAGGUUGUUUAUGGUGAUGUUUAUAUGCUAGACAGUGAAAUGAAUUGGAAAGCUUUACCUGCAAUGCCAAAACCCAACUCCCAUAUUGAGUGUGCUUGGGUACUCGUGAACAAUUCGAUCAUCAUCACUGGAGGUACAACAGAAAAGCACCCAGUGACCAAAAGGAUGAUCCUUGUUGGGGAAGUGUUCCAAUUUCAUCUGGAUUCUCUGACAUGGUCAGUGAUCGGCAAGCUUCCUUUCCGUGUAAAAACUGCGCUUACUGGCUUUUGGAAUGGAUGGCUGUAUUUUACAUCUGGACAGCGGGACAGAGGGCCUGAUAAUCCACAUCCACAGAAAGUUAUUGGAGAAAUGUGGAGAACCAAAUUGCAUCUAUGAACUCCUUUUAGCCUUUAUAAUGACAGUAUAUCAAUUCAUGUAUCCCAUUUUUAAGAAUUUAAUCUUGUAACGUUGUCUGGUAGUAAAGGUAUGUUCAUCUGCUUGCUUGAUUCAAGUUCGAUUCUCCAAGUCUUCAUAUUGUGUAGUGUGUAUGGACUCAGCUUUGUGGACUGGGACUAAGUACCAAUAAUUGUUGUGAAGAUCAUGUGUCAGGUGACAGAGGUUCUGCUUCAGGAAAUAAACCACUCAUGCCGGGUUCUGAAGCUGCGACUCUGAAGACUUGCUAAACAUAUCCCUAAAGAAUUCAUCUGGGUGUAGAAUAUAUAACAAAGUAGACCUACCCAUCAUGUAAAAUUUUCAAGUUGUCUUGACCAUCAAUUCUAAGGAUUUUACGAAGUUGUUGAUUUAUCUUUUUUUUUUUGGCCAAAGGAAGUUGUUGAGUAUCUCGAUGUACGAUUUACAUAGGAAAGGUUUAUACAAAGUAAUUGAACC